ACACAGAGAGAGAUGGAUGCAGCGGCCAUAAUCGAUCAGAAACAGCCUCAUGUGGUGUUCAUACCAUGUCCAGCACAAAGCCACAUCAAAUGUAUGCUCAAACUAGCCAGACUUCUUCACCACAAGGGCAUCCACGUAACCUUCAUCAACACUCAGUCCGACCACAAGCGCCUCGUAAACUCCGGUGGCACUCGCUGGGCCGAUGGGGCUCCUGGUUUUCAGUUCAAAACAGUUCCAGAUGGUCUCCCUUCUACUACUACUACAGAUGAUCAUGGUAUUGAAACUGAACAUACCCAAACCAAAGCUCAACUCUGGAACUACCUUGGAACCAAUUUCUUUGAUUCUUUUCUUCAUCUUGUAUCCGGGCUGGAUAUUCCAGUCACCUGUAUUAUUUGCGAUGGGUUCAUGACUUACACAAAUACUAUUCAUGCUGCUGAAAAGCUUAACAUCCCCAUCAUCCUUUUCUGGACCAUGGCUGCCAGUGGGUUCAUGGGGUUUUACCAGGUAAAAGUUCUAAUGGAGAAAGGACUUGUCCCACUUAAAGAUGAAAGUUAUUUGACGAAUGGUUAUCUUGACAUGGAAAUAGAUUGGAUUCCUGGAAUGGAAGGAAUCCGUUUAAAGGAACUACCUGAGUUUACACGAUCCACAGAUCCCACUAGUCCUAUGUUUAAAUUCAUCCUGAAAACCGCUCAAGCUGCUGAUAAAGUUUCGCAUAUGAUCAUCCAUACAUUCAAGGAACUAGAAGCGAGUCUCGUCAAAGAGCUUAAAUCUAUUUUUCCUAAUGUCUACUCUGUCGGGCCUCUGGAAUUACUUCUGAAUCAGAUUACAGAAAACGAAACCAACAAGUCGAUUUGCAAUGGCUAUAGUUUAUGGAAGGAAGAACCGGAGUGUGUCCAGUGGCUCCAGUCUAAGGAACGGAACUCCGUGGUGUAUGUAAACUUUGGAAGUUUAGUAGUAAUGUCUUUACAAGAUUUACUAGAAUUUGGGUGGGGACUUGUUAACAGUGGACGUGAGUUUCUUUGGAUUAUACGGACUGAUUUGGUUGAUGGGAAGCCUGUGGUGUUGCCUCAAGAACUCAAGCAGGCGAUGAAGGGUAAAGGCUUUGUAGCAAGCUGGUGUUCACAAGAAGAGGUGUUGAACCACCCAUCUGUUGGUGGGUUCUUAACUCAUGGUGGGUGGGGUUCGAUCAUUGAGAGCUUGUCGACUGGUGUUCCAAUGAUAUGUUGGCCAGUUUCUGGGGAUCAGCAGACGAACUGUAGGCAAAUGUGCAAGGAAUGGGAGGUUGGCAUGGAGAUUAGCAAGAACUUGAAUAGGGAUGAAGUGGAGAAGCUUGUGAGGGAGUUAAUGGAGGGAGGUGAGGGAAAACGAAUGAGGAAGAAAGCUUUGGAGUGGAAGAAAAUGGCAGAAAGUGCGACUGGUUUCAAUGGCUCAUCUUAUCUGGAUACGGAGAAACUUGCCAAUGAGAUCGUGAAGUUAUCAAGAAACUAGAUGCCCAACAAUUUCCUACGAGAAUAAUCAUUGUAAUUGUUUAUAAAAAGCUUUUAUGUAGUCAACAGUCAAACACAAAGUCACACACCACUUUAAUUAUAUUCCAA